CUGUUGCUGGGAGUUGGAAGGGGGGCCCGGUCUCCCUCGGGGGAUGGGGGGGGCUUGGCUGUACGAUCUCUCCGGAGAGGAGUAGCCGCUGUCUCUAGGGUGGAGCUUGUAAGCCAUCUCUCCCCAACCUUCCCCCUUCCCCUCCCCCGUCUCCCCAGCCAUGGACCCCCUUCCCGAGGCUGCGGGCCCCCGGCGCAGGGCCUUGGAGGAAGACCGCUUUCCUCUUGAUGGGGAGUUUCCACCUCUAAUGAACCCUUCCCAGCACACCUUGAGCACAACAAUAAAGACUUCUCUUAAAAUGAGAACCCAAGGAUUGGGACUAAUUAUCUUCCAACAUGGACCCUAUCUCCAGAUAUUCAACCUUGUGGAGAAAGGAACAGCUGCCAAGGAUGGAAGACUAAAGCCAGGUGAUGUUCUGAUUUCAAUUGGCCAUUCAAAUGUGUUAGGAUAUACACUUCGAGAGUUUUUACAGCUUUUGCACCAUAUCCCCAUAGGUGCGAUACUCCAAAUCAGAGUUUACCGAGAUUUUAUUGAUAUACCACCAGAAUGGCAAAACAUAGAUGAUUUAAUCCCCGAGACUAAACCUGCAGUGGUAAUAGAUCACACAUCAAAGAAAUAUGAGCAGGAAGAAGAUACAUCUUCCUCUAGUAGUGAGGAUGAUGAAGAUAUAGACUUAGAUAAACGAUUUAAGUACUAUAAGUCUCCACAAUCAUUUAGGCGUCAUUCUGCAAGGAAGCUGUCAUCAAUCUCCACAGAAUGGCAUGGAUAUAAAAAAAAGAACCAUAUAUUUACUGUAGGAGAAGACAUUGGCUGUGAUGUUAUGAUUCAUAAAGAUUCUGAUGAGCAGAAUACGGACAUUCCAAAAGACUUUAGAGCACCUUCCCCAUAUUGGGCAAUGGUAAAACAAGACAGUGACAUUUCUACUUCUUCCUCUUCUACAUCAGAUGCUUUUUGGCUUGAAGAAUGUGCCCACAUUCAAUAGGAAAAGGACCAAUAUUUAUAUUAGUUGAUCUAAUUCAGGAUCAGAUAUUUAAUUUUCCAUACCACUAAAGUAGUAAAUGUUUAACUUAAUGUUAGCACAUCACCAUAUACAGAUUUAUUUUACAAAAGGAUGCAUUCCUCUCAGUUCAAUGUGUAGAAAUAGUUGUAAUCCAAAAGCCUUCAUGGAUCUUUUUAGGUGAUAUCAAAACAAUCAUAACUAGCUCUGCAACUCCUAUUCUCAAAAGAGCAACACAAUUCAGAACACUUAUAGGUAUUUUGAUCCCUUUCUGGAGAAAAUGAAUCACUGUAUACGAAUAUGAUGCUGUGGCAUUUUAGUUGCAGAAUAUGAAGUAUGAGGAAGUCAAAACAUUAAUCUUCACUUCUUAAGGUAAAAGGAAGACUGGCUCAGGUCAGUAUAUACUGACAAAUACAAAACAUAAAUUUACUUAGAAAUAGUUAUUACUUUUAAAUGGGUUAUUUUAGAUUGUGUGAUCUACUGUAUGUAAGCGUUGGUUUAUAGAUUACUACUUCAGAGACCUGGUGAAGGGAAAGCUGAAGAUGAACUAUAAUCUAAAUAGUUUAGAAAACAAUUCUUUGAUUUACAUUCCAUUUGUGCAAUUUUUCUUAAAUGUACCUACCAUGGAAGGAGAAAUCCAGUGAUGUAAUUGUACCUAAAUAACUACUACUCUAUGAAUUAAAUCAUCAUUGAUAAUUCUUACAGUUCUGCAAUGUUGAAUUGAUGGUAUCCAGUUAGCCCUACCAAAUUUCUAACAACCUUUGCAAAAUUUUUUUUUAUUUUUUAUUUUUAUCAGUUACCUCCCUCUCCCCCUCAUUUUUUUUUUUUAGUGAGGCAAUUGGGGUUAAGUGAC